UUCCCUUACUAAACUUUACACCAUUUGCACAAGUGUUUGGGAGACCAAAAUCCGAUACAAGAUACAAUUUUGUCGCUCAUAUGUUAGUCAAUUACUGUUAAAAUCGAUGCAUGUGUGCCUUUUUCUGCCAGUUAUGCUGUUGCUUGAAUAGGGUUUCAACCAUUGGAUUAUUUUUGACAUAGUGAAAGUGUACUUGAUGUGAAAAUAAAGUCUUCGUAAAACAUGUCAGCAACAGCUCUAGAACUUUGGGGUGUGACAAUAACCAAGGAUACAGCAGAUCAGAUCAUAGAAAAGGCCAAGCAAUGGGCUCUUCUCCAUGGUGUACAAAUGAAGCCCCAGCAUGACCAUUGUUCGACAUGCCAAUGUGAGUAUGCCCCAAUCACAUUGUUCCCCAGCCCCCUGCCAGUAACCACUCUCCAAGAAGCUAAAUCCAUGCAGAAACAUUACAAUCUUCUGAUGCACAGAGUGGCUCAUGAUCCAGAUUUUCUAGAGCAAUGUUUCAAGAAGGUACUUCCAGAGAAUGUUCCAGCUCAUGGUCUUGCUGUUGGUUUUGUGAAGGCAUGGGAAUGCUAUGCUAAACCUAGUGCAGUGGUGUUGUUUAUUGUACAAGCCGUAGAGAGGAACUCGGUGGAUCAAAGAUGGCUGGAACGUAAGAUGCAUGAGAUAAACCAUGAUGUUACCGUGGUAUAUAGCACAUUACUGUAUGCAUCGGAACAUUGUCAACUAUUUGAAGGGAACAUAUUAAUGUUGGAUGGUAAGGAAGUUGCUGUGAUAUAUUACAGGGAUGGUUAUAUGCCAAACCAUUACCCAACACACAAGGAAAAAGAUGUGCGUCUGUUGAUGGAAAAGUCCUGUGCUAUAAAGUGUCCGAAUGUAGCGUUACAGCUGGCAGGAUGUAAGAAGGUUCAACAAGAGCUUGCAGUCCCAGGUGUCCUUGAAAGGUUCAUAAAGGACAAAAAUGCUUGUGAUAGUAUCAGGAACACAUUUGCUGGCCAGUACAGUCUAGACACAACUGAAGAAGGAGACAGAAAUGUUGAGAUGGCUUUGGCACAUCCUAAAAAGUUUGUUCUUAAACCUCAAAGAGAAGGUGGAGGUAAUAAUAUAUAUGGUGAGGAUAUCAAAUCAUUUUUGCUGGGCAUAAAGGACAGUGAGGAACGCAACGCCUACAUUUUGAUGGAAAGGAUAUUUCCAUGGCCACAAAAAAACUACCUGUUGAAGGAAGGCAAAGAACCAAUACUACGAGAUGUGAUAAGUGAAUUGGGCAUCUAUGGUGUAUACCUAGGGACUGCUGAGGAGGAGUUUCUUAAUGAAGAGGCUGGCCAUGUUUUGCGGACAAAGUCAACAGAAGAUGAUGAAGGGGGCAUUGUAGCUGGCUUCGCAACAAUCGAUUCUCCAUUACUCGUACAACCUCCAUCAGUGUACUAAUGUCCUAUAUAUUGUAUGCAUCGGUUCUCUCAGUUUUAAAUCAGAGUUGUUCACUGUGAAACUUUGUUUAAAUUCUUAAUUGAAAAUAUGCUGGCAUACUUACUUGUUCAGAGGUAUUCACAGUGAAAUAUUCCGGCAUAACUUAUGUAGAGGACUUCACUUUGAGAAUAUGCCGGGAUACUUACUUGUGUAGAGGUCUGCACUGUGAAAAAAUGCUGGCAUAAUUAUUGAAUCACUUUGUCUGCGUAUGACAGUCCGUCCUGUCUCAAAACAUUUAAGAUACGAUGUAGUAACUUUAACUCCACUAAAGGAUAUUAGAUAUAGCUGUUAUAAUCGCUUGUAAAGUGGCAGUUAUUGGCAAUAAUUGCGAUUGUUUUUGAUUUUUUAAUUUGUACAAAGGUCAUCAUUGUAGACUGUGGAUUUUGAUUGUAUUUUAACUUAUAUAGUGGCCCUCCCUGUGGAAUUUUGUUGACAGUGUAACUUGCAAAGGGCUCUUCUUUUUAAACUUUGUUGGCAUUGUGACUUGUACAGAAGUCCUUUCUCUUCUUUUUUUAUGCAUUAUUACUUGUAAAGAGACCAUUUAGUUGGCAUUAUUACUUUUACAAGGGUACUUACUUUGGAUUUUUUUUUGCAUUAUUACUUUUACACAGGGCAUUCUGUUGAUAUUAUCACUUGUACAGAGGUACUUACUUUAGAUUUUAGUUACAACAUUACUUGACAGAGGCCCUUACUGUAGAUUAUAAUGGUAGUUUUACUUGUACUACUUAUACAGAGGCCCUUACUGCAGAUUUUUAUGGUAUUUUUACUUGUACUACUUAUACAGAGGCCCUUACUGCAGAUUUUAAUGGUAGUUUUACUUGUACUACUUAUACAAAGGCCCUUACUGCAGAUUUUAAUGGUAGUUUUACUUGUACUACUUAUACAAAGGCCCUUACUGCAGAUUUUAAUGGUAGUUUUACUUGUACUACUUAUACAAAGGCCCUUACUGCAGAUUUUAAUGGUAGUUUUACUUGUACUACUUAUACAGAGGCCCUUACUGCAGAUUUUAAUGGUAGUUUUACUUGUACUACUUAUACAGAGGCCCUUACUGCAGAUUUUAAUGGUAGUUUUACUUGUACUACUUAUACAGAGGCCCUUACUGCAGAUUUUUAUGGUAUUUUUACUUAUACUUCUUAUAAAGAGGCCCUUACUGCAGAUUUUAAUGGUAGUUUUACUUGUACUACUUAUACAAAGGCCCUUACUGCAGAUUUUAAUGGUAGUUUUACUUGUACUACUUAUACAGAGGCCCUUACUGCAGAUUUUAAUGGUAGUUUUACUCAGACUUCUUAUACAGAGACUGUUAUUUUGGAUUUUAAUCGCAUUAAACUACUUGUACAGAGGCCCUUAUUGCAGAAUUUGUUGGCCUUAUUUCUGGAACGGAUGUCCUUUCUGGGGAUUUUAAUAGUGUAAUUACUUGCAAAGAGGCCCUAACUGCAGAUUUUGAUAAGGUUAUCUGUUUGUAAAAACAUGCUGGCAUUUUAUAAAUACAACAUGCUGGAGAGGAUGACAUUAAAAUUGUCAACCCAAGAAAUGGAAUACACCUGAGGCAGUGCCUUAUGUUAUACUUAGUAGGUUACAUUAAAAAUGUUUGGAGUGGUGGUAUGACAUGUAACAAUGCUUUUUACACCAAUUCAAGUUGUUUUUAGCUCACCUGAGCAAAAAGUGCUCAGGGUGAGCUAUUGUUAGCGCUCAACGUCCGUCGUCCGGCCGUCCACACUUUCCUUUAAACAACAUCUCCUCCUAAACCACCAGGCCAAUGUUAAUGAAACUUCACAGGGAUGUUCCUUGGAUGGUCUUCUUUAAAAAAAAUUCAAAGAAUUGAAUUCCAUACAGAAAUCUGGUUGCCAUGGCAACUGGAUGGAAAAACUUUAAAAAUCUUCUUGUCCAAAACCACAGGUCAUAGGGCUUUUAUAUAUUUUACAUUUGGUAUGUGGCAUCAUCUAGUGGUCCUCUACCAAGAUUAUUCAAAUUAUCCCCCUAGGGUCAAAUAUGGCCCCACCCUGGGGGUCACAUGUAUUACAUAGACUUAUAUAGGGAAAAAUCUUCUUAUCCAAAACCACAGGGCCUAGGGCUUUGGUAUUUGGUAUGUAGCAUCAUCUGAUGGUCCUCUACCAAAUUUGUUCAAAUUAUCACCCUAGGGUCAAAUAUGGCGCCGCCCAGGGGGUCAGAUUGUUUAUAUAGACUCAUAUAGGGAAAAACUUUGAAAAUCUUCUUGUCCAAAACCACAUGGCUUAGGGCUUUGAUAUUUGGUAUGUAGCAUCAUCUAGUGGUCCUCUACCAAGAUUAUCCCCCUAGGAUCAAAUAUUGCCCCGCCCCGGGGGGGGGGGGGGGGGAGCUGGGAGGGGGGAGCACAUGGUUUAAAUAGACUUGUAUAGGGAAAAACCUUUUAAAAAAAUCUUGUUAUAAACCAUAAGGCUCUAGUAGUUCUCUACCAAGAUUGUUUAAAUCAUGACCCUUGGGUCAAGUUAGGCCACGCCCGGGUGGACCCUUGUUUUACAGCAGUGGCAAAGAAAUUUGGACCACAAGCAUAAUGUUUGAUACAGAUUUCAAUAUUCAUCUUGAAUUGUCUUAGUCAUGACCUACUGACCUACUUUCUUGUUUUUGAAGGUACAGCAUAGAAAUUUGGACCACCAGUUUAAUUUUUAAACAGCUUUCAGUAGUUAUCUUGAAUAAUCUUUACCAUGACCUGCUCACCUGGUUUUUGUUAGUGAAGCUUAAGCAAAGAAAUUUGUUCAAGCAAGCAGCUAAACUCAGGUGAGAUGGCCCUCUUGUACUAAGAUAUAUUCAUCUAUGUGCAAAGCAGUUUUGCAUCACUGAGGCAAGAUGUUUUUUUCAGUGGUUUAGUGAAAUAUAACAGGGGAUUAUAUUUGAAACAUUCAAUGUUUCAAACAGUUUAAUAUUUGUUUAGUAACUUCCACUGUUAUGUAACUUCACUAGAACACUACAAAAACUGUAUUAUAAAUCAUAGGAAGUCUUUCUAAAAUUUAAAUAAGUAAUUUAAAGAUAACAAAAGUUUAUAAAUACAUGUUCCUACAAAAAGCAUAAUGAUUUGUGUGCUGUUGUAUUAAAAUGUUAAAGAAAUGUAAAUGUCUCAAAGAAUUAUUUAACUUUUUUCUAGUAGUAACAUUGUGACGUCACGAUUUUGCAUGUGACAUUGUGCAGGUACACUGGUGUAUUGCGGUAAAAACAUUUAUAAGACAUAAAAUUGAAAGAAAAUUUGUUUGUUUUACAUGUAAAAUUGAAAAAUCGUACACUUGUAAACACCAGAUUUCAGAUUUUCACUUUUUUGACACUGAAAACAAAAAUAAAUAUCCUCUAUGUGAUAUGUAUGUACAAGUAAAUCCACUGAAACAGAGGCUGGGUUAAUAUUGGUGUUAUUAUGUUCAUCUCUAGUGCUUUGCCUAGAAGUGUUAUGUAUGUAUUGAAAUGUCAUAUGUUUUCCUUUCUGAAUUAUUGUUGAUGGUGAAACAGUAUGAUAAUGGACAAAAUAUCUCUAGUAGAACUCAUGAGUUAUGGCCCUUGACAUAAUCAAAAUUGCCUUCUUUCACAUUUUAGUCGCCACAAUCUUCUUGAAACUGACACAGAGUAAUUUUAUUUCUACUUUUGUGUUUGAUAUACAGCUCUUUUUGUUGAUAGACGACAGUUAUUUAUUUAUUUUGUUGAGUUUAACAUCGCACCGACACAAUUAUAGGUCAUAUGGCGACUUUCCAGCUUUGAUGGUGGAAGAAAACCCCAGUUGCCCCUUCGUGCAUUAUUUCAUCACGAGCGGGCACCUGGGUAGAACCACCGACCUUCCGUAAGCCAGCUGAAAGGAUAGAGGACAAAAUUUGCAAAGAUAUUCACAUUUAAAAAAGGACAACCUGUCAUAUGUGACAUGUUAAAAGAUGUAUAUGAAAACAGUUUCCCUUUUCCUUUCUUUGUGUCUUAAUUUGUUAGGGGCUUUUGUAUUGUUAAACCAUACUUUAUUCACUUGUUAUUAAGUGGGCCUUUAAGAAAUGUAAUUACUUCCAUGUAAAGGUUAAGCAGUUGUUCAAUGCUGGUACAUUGGGCAUAUAUGGUACAUACCUAUUCCCCAGAGGGUAAGUCCAUCAAUCAUUCUGGUCAUUUUGUGUUAUUCCAGAAAUGAUUCUAGGGUAAGUUUUUAUUAAUGUCACUCCCUUUGUGAUCAUAGUGUUCGUUUUUGGUAUAAGGAAAAUAAUUCUGUGUAUGCUAUGUUGUCUUUGAUUAAUAUAAAGUUUUAAGUGUUUGGAUUCUCAGAAUGUCUACUCAAGAGGAGUGUAAUGGAAUAUAAUGAUAUAUUGACAGUCCUUGGGCUCGUUAUAGGGCGGUGUGUUAAUUUGAGUUAAUGUGAAAUAUUUAAUUUCACUGGCAUAAACUAGUUGGUUUUGACAAAACGGUUUUAUUUCAUUGGGACAAUAAAAAAUUUAGGGAUUUAAAGGUAUAUUAAUCACAUCUUUAGCUAAAAUAUUUUAACAUUAGACAUUAACUUAACGUGUAGGAAAUUCUCAUAAUUAAUGUAGAUAGAUGGUUCGGCAUCCACAAUUUACAUAAACAUCUCACCUCUGAAACUACUAGUCAAACUUGUUCUGUAGUGCCUUGGCAAGGUCUUCUGUCAAGUUUUAAAUUGGUUCAAGUGGUUAUAUGUGACCCCUUAAAGGAGUCACUAGAGCUGAAAAUAGAAAAUCCUUUAAACCACUUCUCAUGAACUGCUUGAUGAAUCUUCUCAGAACUUGGUCUUUAGCAUCAUUGUAAGGUCCUCUAUCAGAUUUGUUCAUAUGGUGGCACUUAACUCAUUUGAGGAACCACAUAGCUUUACUAGACAUAGUUUACAAUUCACGAUUUAGUAUGUUAUACAUAUAUUCAAGGUCAAGUGAGUGACUUAGGGCCUCCAUGGCCCUCUUGUUUGGUGGUAGUACAAACUUGUACUGAGCGUAGUUACACAUUUAUUACUUGUACUGUUUUAUACCUGUCACAGCAUACUGUUUAUACACAAAUAUUUAUUCAUUUUUACACAGUUCCUGUAGAUUUUCAAACAUGAAAUUUAGGCACAACACAAUAUUAUCCCCUAUGAAAAUGAAUGAUUUCUAACUGUAAAGUGGAUCAUAGAAUAUUUGUGUUUUCUUUUGACUGUUAUAAUUUAAUUAAUAGGCUGGAAGAUAAAAUGGGGAGGCUAAUCUAUACAUUUUAAAGAACAUAUUUGAGGGAUUGAAAAAGAACAAAGCCUGAUUAAAGAAAAAAUCAACAAUUUUUCAAUUGAAAUCAAGCUCCCUAGCUGUUUUCAAAUUUUGAACACUUUAGAUAAAAUAGGACUAUAUGUCAUAGUAUCAAGUUCAUAUUUUAUUGUUACAUAAGAUCAGGGUAUAAAAUUCUGUAAACUUUUGUCAGAAGUAUUCCAAGGUUGUUGUGAUAUUUGAACAUGUACUUUAAUGUUUAUUGAAUGUAUCAUUAUCAUAUAGCCAGAAAGUUUGCUCAAAUAUAUGCUUUUAUGUACAUAGUAAAAUAUUCCAGUUUGAGUGAUAUUAAUCAAAACCAAGGCCAAUGUUCAUUAAUGUCUAAAACUUAGAAUUAAGAAUUGCAAAUACUAAUGUUGUCAUAAUUUAGUGUAUAGUAUAUCUUUACUUGAUGAAUUUGUAAUUAUAUUCUAUGUACUGAAGUGAACAUUUGCGAAAAAAUUGUAAAUAAAUUUAAUUUGUGAUGAAAUUUAAUUCCUAGCUUGCUUCAGUUCCUAAUUUUCAUAUUUGAAAGCACAAAUUUCAAACAGUAAUACACAUAUCCUAAAAAUACCUUAAAAAAGGGACAUGAUGACGUGCCCAAAUUUGAAGAAGAUAUUAAAUUAUGUACAAUUUAAAAAAAAAAUCUGUUCAAAGAAAAUAAUUCUAGGAAAUGUCCUAAGUUGUUCAGACAGGUUAGUGAACACCCUCUCUAUUGACUUGGUCAGAUUUGUAUAUGGAUGGAAAAAAGUUUAAAAUUAGAUAUGUAAAGCUUAUAGUUAUAUUUUUUAAAAAGUUCAGUUGCAAUUUAUUUUAUUUUGCUUGUUAUCGUUUCCUUAAUAAUACAGUCACUUAUUUAGUUAUUUAUACCUACAACAAAUUUAUAUCAUUCUAGAAUUAUAUAGGGGUAGACAAACUGAGCAAUAAAACGUUAAUAUAUUAA